AAGUAAAGCAAGUCUAGAAGUGAAUGGAUCAAUAGUUGGUUAGAGCGCAUCAUCGCGCAAGAAGCAAAAAAAUUGAGAAACAAAAUGAGGGAAUGAAAGAAGCAUGAAAAUGUUCAAAUAGCUAAGCUGCCCAAAAAAGUUGAAUCACAGGUUUCAUUAAUAUCCUCGAGUCGAUAAAGUUGAUUGAAAAAAAUUGUUUUAAUUCAGUGUCUCUAGUUAAAUGUUGAAAUGAAAAACAAGUGAAAACAAAAUGAUUGCCAAUGGUUCGGUGCAAGUGUUGCCUAAAUAGUCCCACUAAAUGUUCAUCACUUGGCCCAGCAUACCUUUAAAGCUUGCCACUUGAGUCAUCAUCAGUUUUAUAUCAUUCAACUUGAACGCCCUCUGAUGACAUCUUUAGACGAAAUUUGCGGUGCUCUUUGAACUUGGAAGUCAUCGAAGUUGUAAAUAAAUUUUCACCCGAUCAUGAAUUCGAUCAAUUUUUCAAAAGGUUCUUUUCUUGGACUAAUUUUUAUAACAUUGUUUGAGCUGGUUUCACCAAAUCCCGAUGCAAAACGUUUAUAUGAUGAUUUAAUGAAUGGAUACAACAAAAUGGUGACCCCAAGGAAAAAAGUAAACGAAACUGUUGUCGUUCGAUUGGGAUUGAAAUUGACCCAAAUAUUGGAGUUGAAUCUAAAGCAACAAGUUUUCUCAGCAAAUAUGUGGAUUCCUCAGAAAUGGUACGAUUACAAUUUGUCUUGGGAUCCAGAGGCUUACGGUGGAGUUAAUCUAAUGAAUGUUCCUGCAGAAAAUAUUUGGCAACCUGAUCUUAUUUUAUUCAAUAAUGCUGAUGGCAACUUUGAACCAACCCUGAUAACCAAAGCUUUAGUCCAUUAUACCGGUGAAGUUGUCUGGGAACCUCCAGCUCUUUAUAAAGUUACUUGUCAAAUUGAUGUUGAAUGGUUUCCAUUUGAUGUUCAAUCAUGCCUUAUGAAAUUUGGCUCUUGGACUUAUGAUGGUCACGAGGUUGACCUUCGUCAUCUGGAUCAGGUUGAAGGAUCGGUCCAAGUUGACCGUGGUGUGGACCUUUCCGAGUUUUACCAAUCAGUGGAAUGGGAUCUGAUGAAAGUCCCUGCUCGCUAUGAGAAUGAAUAUUAUGAUUGUUGCCCAGAGCCAUUUCCACACAUUACCUUCAACAUAACCAUGAGACGGAAGACACUAUUUUACACUGUUAAUUUGAUUAUUCCGGUUGUUGGAAUCUCUUUUCUAACUCUCCUCGUCUUUUACCUUCCCUCUGAUUCCGGUGAAAAGGUUACUCUGAGCAUCUCAAUUCUAGUCUCUUUAACCGUCUUCUUUCUUCUCUUGGCGGAAAUUAUUCCACCAACAUCCCUUGCAGUUCCCCUUCUGGGCAAAUAUCUGCUCUUUACCAUGCUUCUCAUCACUCUAUCAAUUUGUUUUACUGUUUGUGUUCUCAAUGUUCACUUCCGUUCACCAUCGACUCACGUCAUGUCACCCUGGGUUAAGCAUGUUUUCAUUGAAUUUUUGCCCAAAAUUUUGUGCAUCAAAAGACCAACAACUCAUGACUUGGCCAAAGAGCUUGCAACUGUUUCUGGAACUUCUCGAAUCAUUUAUACAUGCGAAGGUGACCGAGGAAACAUUACUGAACGAGUUGCACCAGAUAAUCAAUGGUAUGAAAGUUACGAUUGUUUAGGUGAUAUUGCAGGGUUACCUGUCAAUACAGACAUUCUUGAUGCACCAAUGGAGGGACGAAUCUUUGGACCCAGUCUAUUCAACUCGAGCAACAAUCAAAUUAAUUGGUCUUGCAAAGGGCAACCUGAUCAGCUUUGUCCAAACUCUUCACCUUCACUCUUUUCUGAGGAACUACAAAGAGCCAUUGAGAGCAUUUUGCACAUUGCCAAUCAUCUCAAGGAAGAGGACAGGGAGAAAAAUGUUAUCGAAGAUUGGAAAUAUGUUGCCAUGGUUCUGGACCGACUAUUUCUUUGGAUAUUUACUCUGAGCUGUAUUAUUGGAACUUGUGUAAUCAUACUGAGAGCACCUUCCCUCUAUGACAAUGAAAUACCAAUUGAUCAUUUGGCUCAGCAAAUGCAGAAACUGGUUUAACCUCGAUAACUAUCGUUGAGUCAACAAACUGUGUAAAUGAAAAUAAAUUUUUCCAAUCAUUUCUCUUUGUAUUUCAAUGCAAAUGUAAAAAAACAAUGAUUAAUAAGAUUUAACAAUAAAUGCCGAUAAGAA